UGGCGCUUGCGCUGCGGGCGUUGCAGAUCAAGCCUGCCAGCUCGCACGUCCGCCUGUUUCCUCCAUCGACGAUGACCUCCAGCGCAUUCGCUGACAGGCCCGUGAAGAAACUUGUCCUCUUCGAUGUGGAUGAGACACUCACCCAUGCGCGCCGGCAAGCGUCACCGGAGAUGAUUGAGACGCUGCAGCAGCUACGCAAGAAGGUCGCGAUUGGAUUUGUGGGCGGAUCGGAUCUGGUUAAGAUCUCAGAGCAGCUCGACACCCCGAGCACUCGCGCCAUUGAUGCGUUUGACUACGCCUUUGCCGAGAAUGGUCUGACGGCGUUCAAGCUCGGCAAGCCUCUGCCUACCCAAUCGUUCAUCAAAUACGUCGGCGAAGAGCGCUACAAAGUCAUGGUAAAGUUCAUCCUGCGCUACAUUGCGGACCUCGACAUACCCAUACAAAGGGGCACGUUCGUCGAAUUCCGGAAUGGCAUGGUUAACGUCAGCCCUAUCGGCCGUAACGCUACCAUGCAAGAGCGCUACGACUUCGCCGCCUACGACGCGGUUCACAAGGUCCGCGAGGCGUUUGUCAAGGUGCUUCGGGAGAAGUUCAGCGACUACGGCCUUACCUUUGCAAUCGGCGGUCAAAUAUCCUUUGACAUCUUCCCCACCGGAUGGGACAAGACCUAUUGCCUCCGCCACGUCGAAGACGAAAACUUCGAAGAGAUUCACUUCUUCGGCGACAAGACCCACCAGGGCGGGAAUGACCAUGAGAUCUUCUCCGAUCCGCGCACUAUCGGCCACUCUGUCCGGAACCCACAGCAUACCUUGGAGCUGCUCAGGGAACUUUUCUUGUCCGCUUAGGGAGAAAAGGAACAGUCAUUCGCAAUGGAUUGACUUCUCUUGGGUUCACUAGCUGCAUACGUAGAGGAAACAGAGGACCCUUGUUGCAUUAAGCCUCUACCCUGAGAGUGCGUCAAGAUAUAGUACUAUCACUGACCCAGAGUUCCUAUCGGAAACACUAUUUUGCGUGGGAUUCAUAUCUGGUGGUUCUAUUCCCUCUG